AUGCGUGACAGCUUCUCAAAGGAGCUUUUACAAGCUGUCGAAGCCACUUCACUACCGCCAAAGUCGCAGAUCGAAGCAUACAGAGACUCUUAUUUCAAACAGCAUUACCACCGCGCUGCUAUCAUUGAUCGAGCCGACUUCUCAACAGAUCAUCCUUCAUUAAUCCCGACUCAGGCUAUCUGUCUUUUAGGCUCUAUGCUCCGCUACUCGGGCAUCCAUUCGCCUAUCGAAGAGAGCGAGCCGUACUACAACAAAGUGAAAGCCCUCUUAUACGCAAACUACGAGCCAGAUCAGCGAAACGUUCUCAAGGCACUAUGUAUCCUUGCAUUCAGGAACAUCACCCCUCCAAAAGUGGUCAGCCUGGAUUGUUCGUGGCAAUGGAUCGGAAUGGCAUCUCGUUUAGCCCAACAAAUGGGGUUUCAUCGCGAGGAGACCUACGUCCAACUUCCAACCCCGGGAAACGCACGUCGAAUAAUGUGGUUUCUCUUUACCGAAGACAAGCUCGUAACCGCCUGUUUCGGCCGGCCUUCUCUUUUUGGAGAUUUCGAUUUCAAAAUUCGACCGCUCAAGCUCGAAGAUUUCGAAAUCCCAGAUCUUCAAGCAGAGCUUUGCAUCGAAUAUAGAAAUCUCAACGUAAUCCUUGGCCGCCUAGUCGACUGUCACGGCCGAAAGGGCGAGGCGUCUCAAGAAGAGGUACUGCUCUCUACCCCAGAAGCAGCUCCAUUAUCUAACAACAUACAGGCAUUAUCACUCCUCCAAUCCCUCCAGAACUGGACCCACAACCUCCCACUCAACUUACAUCUCUUCACCGAUCAAAUCCGCAACCCUUUCCGGCGUGAUAUCUACGAGGUCCACAUAAACUACUUCGUCUGCGUCAUAGUCUUCUUCCGCCUGUUCGGCUACACCUGUUCACCUCGGGCUCGACCGCAUCCCUAG